AGGUUAGAAGAGUUUAGAGUAGAAAUCAAUGAAUAUCUCGACAAACAAGAAAAAGCGCUCGUCGAAGCAAUGGACAAAGCAAGAAAGAAAGACACAGACCGUAUACAGAGAUGGCGGGAAGAUAUAGACGCUGCGAAAUUAACACUGGCUGAGACGAAAUCUAGGCUAGAGGCGCAGGACAAAAACGCUAACCACAUUUAUGUAACAGCUAGACAUGCACAACAGAUACUGGGUGAUAUGCAAACAUUGAUAAAGAAAGUUGAGACGGAAAACAUGGUGACGCGAUAUAAGUUUAGUCGAGAUAAGAAGACCGAAGACCUGCUGAUGUGGGAAGACGUGAUAGGGAAGGUUAUUGAACAUUUAGACUUCUUUACGACUAAGUGGAACCGUGCAACUGACAUAAACAUUAUGACUCCGGAAGACACAAAAACAUGCUUGAUAAGAGGCUCGGCCGUGCUUAGGCCCGAUACCCUCCUCCUUGCUGACCUUUACAACCAAUGUCUGAAAACGUUAGACCUGACCACCGGUAAGGUGACGUCACGUCUGUCGCUAUACGAAAAACCCUGGGAUGUCUGCGUGCUGCCGGAGGACAGGGCCGCCGUCACUCUAUCUUAUGGGCAUCAGACCAAGGUUCAGUUUAUCAACACUGGGAAUGCACUGGAAACAGACAAAUAUAUUGUAGUGUCGGCAUUUUGCAGGGGAAUAGCACACCAGGAUGGUAGGCUUUACUUGACAUUUCCACACACGUCGCCUCGAAUAGAAGUAAGAACUAUGAAUGGAGAUGUUUUACAAACCAUUGGUAAUUCACCGCUUCAAGACAAAGUAUUUUAUGGUCCGUCUUUCUUGACCAUAAGUCGCGACGAUAUUAGCACCAUAUAUGUAUCGGACAAAAACCGAACGUUAUUGCAGAUGAGCCUGCAGGGGGAAGUGCUUCAAAAAAAAUCUUACGAGGAACUGGUUGAUCUUGGCGGCCUCGCGGACGUGGGUGGGGGACAGGUGAUCGUUUGUUGCAGCAACACCGUAAUGGUGAUUUCCGGGCUUGAUGGUAGAAUGAAGACUAUACUGGAGACGAACGAUGGGAUGAAGCGUCCGUACACAGUGGCUUACUGUCCGACAAAUAAAAAACUCCUCGUUGGAGGGAAUGAUAAUCGUGUAAAUGUUUACGACCUUGCAAAUCAGUAAACUACCAGAAAUACCUUGCAUCCUUUACUUCAUUUUAUAUCCAUCUGCAACAAGGACACUGUCGUUCGGCUGAGCAUAAACUCAUUUGUGAUUUAAUGUUUAUCAUGAACAAUUGCCAAACAGAAAACCGUAUACUAUGUUCUAACUCUACGCUAAUGCUUACAAAAGGUAUGCAUAAAGUGCCUGCUUGUCAAGGGAAAUGUAUUGUAUUUGACACAUUCAUAUGCAAUUUAGCAAUGUAUUUUCUCUAAACUAUCUACACACGUGUAUAUAUACUUUUACAAGCAGGCACUUUAUAUACUUUGUGUUGUUAACUUCAGCCAAAUAAUGCGACAAUCCUUUACUGACCAGUAUUUGUUUCAAUCGAUCAAGAAGUAGAACAAGUUUUUAACUUAGUUUUAAAAUGUGAGUGUUAUAGCGAUAUUAGAGAGCCUUAUGUAAAUGACGACUCUUCAAAAAUGUUCGAAUGAGGACAUUGCUAGAGUUGCAAUCAUUGAGCUAUGAGGACAUUGCUAGAGCUUCUAUCAUUGAAAUGUGUUGACAUUGCUGGAGUUGCUACCAGUGAGUUGUGUGGAAAAAGUUUUUAUCAUCGAAC